UGUGUGUGUGUGUGUGUAUAUGUAUAUGCUAGAACUAAGAGAUACACCCAAAAUAUAGUCUGGGAUUUUCAGCAUUAUUGUGAUUGCAAAUCAAAAAUCAGAUUUUAUCUUUCAGUCCAUCACAGCACCAGUCAGGUGUAUAAAGAGUUAAAACUGGUCCAAUCAAUGACAGGUCUUUCAUGUGAUCCUUUUAAGUUUUAAAAUCAAUCAAGUUAAUCUGGAGUUGUAUUUAUUCUCGUUACUAUAAUUGUUUGUAGUGAGCUCAGCAGGUGAAAAUCGGUAUUAGGAUUGGUCCUCAUCGAGCCAGCUUUAUUUAGACAGCACAUUUCAAACACAAUGGCAAUUCAAUGUGCUUUACACUUAGCAUGAAAUGGCACAACAAUAAACAGGAGAACACAAAUUUAUAAUUUAGAGAUAAAAGGAAAAUAGAAUUUAUGUUGAGCAAUAGCAUCACAGAUUACAGCGGAGACGAUGCAGCAUAAGAAACAAUUAAUUCAAAGGCUGACGAGUACAUUAGGGUUUUUAGUUUUUAUUUAAACUCUAGAGUUGGGCAGAUCUGAGGUCCUGGGGAAGCUGAUUCCAUAGGUGAGCAGCAUAAUAGCUAAAAGCAUCUUCACCCUGUUUGGUUCUGACCCGAGGGUCUACCAGCUGAUUGUUUCUAAGGACUAUCAGAGCCCUGUUUAUACAGGAAUGAGAUAUGACAUGCAUUUUGGCCCCAUGCCAUUGAGUGAUUUAUAAACUAGUAGGAGCACUUUGAAAUCUAUUCUGUAGUUUACUGGUAACCAGUGUAGAGAUCUAAGAACAGGAGUGGUGUGCUCCGUUCUCUUAGUUCUUGUUAGGACUCUAGCAGCAGCAUUCUGAACAAGCUGCAGUUGCUUCACAGCUUUUUUGGAAAGACCAGUUAGGAGACCAUUGCAGUAGUCCAGUCGACUAGUAAUAAAAGCAUGAAAAACGUUUCUCUAAGUCUGGUCUGGACAUGAGACCUCUGACUCUUGAUAUUUGAUGAAGGUAAUAACAUGGUGAUUUAGUUAUAACCUUAAUAUGUCCAGAGAAGUUCAGGUCUGAAUCAAUGGUAACAUCAAGAUUUCAAACCUGGGUCUUUGCCUUUAUUCCCCUGGAGUCUAGCUGAAAAAUAACAUCCAUCCUAACCUUCUUGUUGCCAAAGACAAAAACUUCAGUCUUGUCUUUGUUUAACUGACGGAAGCUUGACUGCAUUGGGGACACACUGGCCGCGGAAGCGCCGCGAAAAUGGGACCGCCUUCAUUCGGCGCCCUUGUUAAGCUAUUCUAUAGACCACAUGGGCCGCCGAAGCGCCGCGAAUCGCCUCGCGCCGGCGCUCCAGCCCGCGCCGUGCAGCGAUCAUUUCGGCGUUGGCUCUAUUUUUUUCGCGAGCCGCGGGUGAAUCGCGUCAAUUCUGUCAGGAAGUCAAACGUAGACAUAAGAGGCAGGCCGGUAAAGUUAACAAAAUAAAGCAUUUCAAAAUAAAAUUCCGCAAUAGUCAAAUGUGUUCGUAAACAGACACUGCAGAAAAACCACACGAACACGCACACACACAUACACACACAUCGAACUUGUGUGCGUGUGUGACCACGUGAAGGGGGGAGUGGUUUUGGGUGUCUUUUCACCGGAGCAAACAGGACAGAGAGGCAGAAAGUCUGAGGCAAGCAGUUAGGAUGGAUGACUUUAAAUUAAUUAUGGAAGUUGAGAAACACAAGGAGCUGUACGACCCCCGAAAAACAUGAUUGUUUACGUACCCAUGUCGGAAGAAACUGCUAGGAUACAGCUGCAGAAUUGGAGCGGGUUCCAAGAGAUUCAACUGGCAGAAACAACUCAUACCAUAGGUUCACACACACGCGCGCGCGCACGCGCACAAACACUCAAACGUAGGAAAAGAGCUGAGAAAAGGCAGAGAGGAAAUGGAGGACACCAAGUGUUUAAAAGAAAAACUACAGCUGAGCCGAGGCGCGCCUCGACUGGGGCGCGUCUGAUCUGAACUGAGGAGCGGCGAGCAGCGGCCGAAUUUCGUGAGCGAUUCGCUUCUCGGCGCUUCGCGGCGCUUCCGCGGCCGGUGUGUCCCCGGCGUUAACUUACUCUAGACACUAACAGCGUGAGUCCAGCGGACGGUAGUUAAGUGAUAGGGCUAGAUAGAUCUGGGUGUCAUCAGCAUAGCUAUGAUAGGCUAUGUUGCUAUUGUUAAUGACCUGACCCAGAGGGAGCAUGUAAAGAUUGAAGAGUAGUGGUCCUAGAAUUGAGCCUUGGGGACCCCACAUGUCAUGGUGAUCAGCUUUGAUCUGUGAUCCCCAAUAGAGACAACAUAGCCUUGUCUUGAUCAGGUAAAGUAUAUCUAUUUUUAAGUGCAGGUAAAUUUCAGAUUAUAGUAAAUUCAGAAAGAGUGCUAAACAUGUUUUUGUGUCUUCAAUAACCAGCUCUACUUAGAUUGUUAAAACCUCAAAGGGAGAGAAAAUAAAAAGUAAAAUCAUAUUUAGGACAGACAUUUAGGAGGACCAGCAGAAGAUUUGUGAUUUGUAUUAAAGUGACACCAUAACAAAUCUCAGGGGUACUUCUGAGUUAAAAAAUGUUCAUGAAAUACGUAGGUGGAGUAACCAGGUAGGUAGGUUUUAACUGUUGCUAAUCUGCAACACCUGCCUCCAGAGGGUUAAAAACAUUAAUCUCUAAUUUUUGACUCUAUGUGAUGAGUGAGAGGUUGGGAGUAGGAUGAGUAUGGUGGUGCAAGCUCUCACUGGCUGAGGAAAUCUUCUUCAACCAUUUAAAAAGAUGAUUGGAGGAGUAAAUCAGAGAUGACGGGAUGUGUGAUUUGGACAGGUGUGCAGUCUUUAGGCACACUGUUUCCUGGAAGCAUGUAAUAUGUGGCCAAAGUAGGUCAGGAUGCUUUAAUUAUCAGAGUUUAGUUCGAUAAAAGUCAAAGAUAAACACAUUUCACAUCAAGCAGACAAGGCUUAUGAUUUAAAAAGUCUACCAGCUGCUCAGUUUGUCCUGUUAUAAACGUAUCCUGAUCUAGGUUGACAGGACCUCCAUCUCUUUAAAGUGACGGUGUGCGUUUUUCCUGGCGAUAGGGGGCAGUAGAUACCUAAAUCGUUGCAAGCAAUCAGUAUUUUUGUAUUGAAGUAAGACCUUACCAGUGGAUUCCCAUUAGGGUCAAAAAGCCCCAGGGAGUGCAAACCAGCAAAACACCAAGCGCAUCAGACUCCCUUUUAUCACUGGCAGCAAGUGAAGAGGUAAAUGUGUAAAACAAUGUUUAUGAAUGGUGAAAUUUUGUAACCGUUUGUUACAAAUCAGUAAAUGCAUUUUGUCCUUAAGGGCUCCGUAGAAGGAAACAUGGCAUCUAAUAUGGCGUCGCCCAGAGACUAAGACCCUCUUUAGGGCAGGGCAAUAUAUCGAAAAUUAAUCAAUAUCGAAAACUCUGACUCUUAUCGUGAUCAUUUUCCCCAUGUCAAUGAAUCUGAUGAUAAAAAAUUAAGAGGUGUGUAGGUUGGCAACAUUUAUGUCCCUUUAAGAAGCUGUAUCACCUUGAGUCUCGUAAAAAUGUGACUCAACACAAUACAUGUGACAGCCCCAUCUAGUGGAUAACUUUUGUUUCUGCGCAUACCUGCAGUUGUUGUCCACUUAUAAUUAUCGAGGUGAAAUCCUCAAUAUACCGUGAUAUUGGUUUUAGGCCGUAUCGCCCAUCCCUAACCCUCUCCCAUGUAUUUUAAACCUGAUUUUUAUGGUUAUAUGUUGUGAAGCCGCCAAUAUUUUUUAACAGCUCGGCAUCAUUUCAUUCACUUUCAGCAACAUUUCGAUUGAUAUUUUCAGAGAUUAUCAGUAAAAACUACACAUUGUCUCUUUAACAGGAUUAGUACUCUCCUCAACAUGUGCCAUCCCAUCAUAUAUUUCUACUCAGUAUGUUUCAUUUUAAUGUUAUAAAUAGUUAUAAACAACAUGAUUAACUCUAAUAAUUAUUUAAAGGGUAAAUUCACAUGAAAGCCCCAGUGUGUAAAAAAAUUCAACUCCUUAGCGCCACGCAGUUCAGAGCAGGUAUUGCAGCAACAGUAUCCCACAUGCAUCAAAAGGUCAGUGUGUCAUUGUUGAGGUGUGUGCACGGCUACGGGGAAGAGUCACACUGAGUAGCACAGACAGCUACUUCGAGGCCACACACAGAAAACACCACACACCAUUUUUCAACUGUCUGCACGUUUUAUUCACCGAUUCUGCUGCUUCCUACGGUCAGUGUCUCUCUCAGGGAAUCCACAGCCCUCUGUUUGUGUCUUGUGAAUAAAUGUAGAACAAGUCAGAUCAGACAUUUGCAGCAACUGUCUUCUUGCUGUCACUUCUAUCACGUCACCUGUCUCCCUCUCCACCGCAGCUGUGCGUCCAGCACAACUGUUAUCAGAAAGUCCCAGCUUUAAUUUCAGCGAUCACGUGUAGUUAGAGCAGGGCAAGCAACCCAAAGGAAAGGAGCAGAAAUUCCCCCAAACCAGCAACGUUUACGGAGGAGGACUUUCAUGUCAAAGCGCAAACGUGAAAUGUAGCAUUAUAGCUUUUAUGUCCCUAAACGGCUUCGGUAUUUCAAGGCGGCGCAUGAUUAUGGAGCAUCGAGUAGUUUUCGUAUUUAAAAUGUAAAAUUUCCAGCUAAUUGGAAUAUUUAAGUAGACGAUAGUGAGAAAUAUUAAUGAAAAUGGACAAGUUUUUGAACGGAUGCACAGCAUUUAGUAAACAAGUAAUAAUAUUACAUACUGUGGCUUAAACCAACAGUUCACUUGUGGAAAUUAUUCAGAAGAACUUUUCAUGAAUCAGACGUUCAUGUUCCUAUAAUCAGGACAUUUUUAUCUUUUCUUUUUUACUUUUUAAAGUUUUGUUGCAUUAACAGAAUUUUUCUAGAACCUGUGUGAAGUUGACGCUGCAGUUUUUCAUCAUUUCAAAAUAACUUUAUAAAGUGGUGGUUUUAAAUGUUCUUUACAAGCAUGGAUUAUGUGACAACAAUCACACCACUGCUCUGUCGGUGUAAGGACGACUUAUUUACACGUGCUUUCAUCUUUAACAGUGUGAAGCCACAGAUGGAUCCAACGUGUGAUGGAGUAACCGACACUGAGAGCAGGGACCUAGCUAUAAACCCUCGACCCCCUCCUGCCAAGGUGGCUCGGCUGGAGCAGCACAUGAUGGGAUCCUCGACUCCAGAGAGGAGAAGGCAGGGCAGUCCUGCGGUCAACACCUCCUGCCAGGUCCAGAAACCCACAACCUCAGUGCAGCACACUAAAGCAACCCUGCUGCCGGUCUUCUGUGUGGUGGAGCACAAAGAAUAUUUUUUGGAGGUUGAGAGAAAAGAGGAACAUGCUGAGUUUGUGCUGGUCAAACGAGACCUUCUGUUCAAUCAGCUGAUAGAGAUGGCCCUGCUGACGCUGGGCUACUCCCACAGCUCUGCAGCACAGGCUAAAGGUGCACACACAUACACCUAUUUAUACACACAUUUAGACUCAGAUUUAUCCAGCAUGUGUGUGUGUGUGUUGUGUGUGUGUUGUGUUGUGUGUUCAGGUCUGAUCCAGGUGGGCAGGUGGAACCCGGUUCCUCUGUCGUGUGUAACCGACGCUCCUGACGCCACAGUGGCCGACAUGCUGCAGGAUGUUCACCAUGUUAUCACACUGAAAAUCCAGCUGCACAGCUGUCCCAAACUGGAGGACCUGCCAGCAGAGCAGUGGAGUCACUCCAAGGUGAGGAACGCUCUAAAGGAGCUCCUGAAGGACAUGAAUCAGAGCUCCCUGGCCAAAGAGUGCCCACUCUCUCAGAGCAUGAUCUCCUCCAUUGUAAACAGCACUUACUAUGCAAAUGUCUCUGCUGCAAAGUGUCACGAGUUUGGUCGAUGGUACAAACACUUCAAGAGGUCCAAAUGCAUCAAGGAGGCUGACAGUUUUCCUGAGCUGUCUGCAGAUCUGCCCGUCCCCCAGCAGCCUCCAGCGAGCGGUCCAGCUGAUCAGAACUCAAACCUUCUAUUCCCCCAUGGAGCAGUUGCCAACAUCUGUCCUCGCUCAGCCCUCAGUCUCCACCCUCCAGGGCUGGUUAGCCAGCCUCUCAGCUCCCAAAUGGUCAACCAGCAGCUCGUCAUGGCUCAGUUCCUUAACCAGCAGUACGCUGUCAACCGUAUGCUGGCUGGCCCGGGUCCAUCCUCUUCACCACAGCAGUAUCUCAACCACCCCCCUGUAGGAAGAACUCCUGCCAAGGUCUUUUCUAAACCCCCUGAUACUCAAGCCCUACAGCAGCCCGCGAGCAUUCCAGGGGGAGGCGCUACAACCGGGCUGCAAAAUCAGACAGCAGCCGUGUCUUCAGCUGCACCAACGGACGUCCCGGGUGACAUCUACCAGAAUGUGAGAGAAGAGCUGAAGAGAGCGGGCAUCUCCCAGGCUAUCUUUGCCCGUGUGGCUUUUAACCGGACCCAGGGUCUGCUGUCAGAGAUCCUACGGAAGGAGGAGGAUCCAAAACACGCCUCCCAGUCCCUGCUGGUCAACCUGCGAGCCAUGAACAGCUUCCUUCAGCUCCCCGAGGCUGAGAGGGAGCGCAUCUACCAGGAGGAGAAGGAGCGGAGCCUGACAGGAUUCACCCCCGGCUGCAACAACACACCACCAAGAUCCACACAGGCCAGACUGUCACCAGUUGCUGCCGACAGAGGGCUGAGGACCGAGGCUUGUGUUCUCAACACCUCCAUUUAUGAGGAGAUCCAGCAUGAGAUGAAGCGAGCCAAGGUGUCCCAGGCUCUGUUUGCUAAGGUUGCUGUCUCCAAGAGUCAGGGUUGGCUUUGUGAGCUUCUGCGGUGGAAAGAAGAUCCCUGUCCAGAAAACCGCACACUCUGGGAGAACCUGUCCACGAUCCGCCGAUUCCUGAGCCUGUCUCAGAUGGAACGAGAUGCCGUCUAUGAACAGGAGAGCAGCAACAUGACCUCUGAGAGACUCACUCUGCUCAACACUGACAACACACUGUACCAGCACAGCUCCCCAGUGGUUCACCAUCACCACAUUCAACCCCAUCAAACACUGCAGCCAGAACCAGGGAUUCAUCUGUCUCCACGGCAACCAGUAGAGUCUGAGGUUGGGGUUGCCUGGGGGCACUCGAGGGUAUAUUUACUGGGUAGAAUCAGCUGCAAUGGUGAGAAGGGAGACAGUAAGGAAUGGAUUGAAGGGGAGAAGGAAAACAAGGCCCAGAGUGCUACUGGUAGAGUGGAAUGUGACCAUAGAGAUAUGGAGGAAUCUGAUAAAGAUGGCAGCCUAGCAAAGAAAAGCACAGAUGUGGUCGAACAAGGCAGUACAAGUGGGAAGGUUAAGGAUACAUUGGAUAUGAAGUGGUCUAAAAUCAAGAAUGAGAACAAGAGGAUGGAUGGGGUUUGUUCUGAGGAACACAAAGUCGGGGCAGAUGAAAUCAGAUGUGAAGGCCUUAACAUGUCCGGUGAUGCUCUGGGAAUCUUGCAGAGUUUCAUACAGGAAGUGGGCCUCAACCCAGAUGAAGAGGCAGUCCACACCCUCUCUGCCCAACUAGGCCUGCCUAAAUGCAUCAUCCGCAGCUUCUUCAACAGCCAAGACCAAGGACAAGCCGAGGACUACAUUCAGAGUCCCGUGCACAGUCAUGACGACCACCAAGGCUUUGUAGAUCUUUCGCUUGCAGACUUAACCACAAAGGAACUGGAAGGCCUUGGAAAAUUGGAAGAACCAAAAGAAGUGGAAAAACAAGCCGACAGAAAAGAAACAAGAGAGUUUGCACUGAAAGAAUCAGAUGCUGCUACUCAAACUAUGUCUUCUGUGAAGGAGGAGCAGGAGAGUUAACCUCACGCUGAAGCAUCACGGACAGCUUGAACAAAUGGUCUCAUUCGUCUUUCCCACGCUUUCAUACUAUUUCAAGACAGAGUCACCGUAUUUUGAUAUCACGUAAUACCUUCAUGUAAUUGCACAUAAAGAAAUCUAAAGAAACUUUAGCCCUCUGGAGGCAGGCGUUGCAGAUUAGCAACAGUUAAAACCUACCUACCUACCUGGUUACUCCACAUAUGUAUUUCAUGAGCAUUUUUUAACUCAUAAGUACCCCUGAAGUAAUUAGUUGUUCGUCCUUUUAUCAAAACUUAUUUUGAGCCUGAGAGGGUUAAGCACUUGAGCAGCAGCAAAUGCCUGAAAGAGCUGUGCAUCCAUUCUAUGGGUAGAAAGGAGAGCCCAGAGAAGGUUGAGAAGCCCACUCAGAGUGGGUCUUACACGGACACAGCAAAGAAAUUCCAUAAAACAGACAUAAACCAUCAGCCCUUGACCCAGAGACCUUUCUGCUGUGAGGUGAAAAUCCUAAGUGCCAAACACUUUAAUUACAGCUAAAAGUGAACAUUUAUUUGUUCAAGAGUUGAUUUGCCAAGUGGAAAGAAAGCGGUCACACAGAAAAACUGCUUGACUUCAUGUAAAUGGAUGUGACUGAAGUGAUGUUUGAUCACAAGCUGUAAAGCACGGUGGUGGAGGAAUGAUGAUUUGGGUUUAUUUUUCGGCAACAUUAAAUCGGCCUUUGUAAAUAAAAAUCUUACAUCACAUGUGACAUCCCAGUACGUCAGUUACUUGCUGCUAACAGUGGCUCCAAAUGUCUACAAAUCCAAGUUUGGUCUUGUUUUUUUUUCUGACUUCUGGCUAAAUUCAUCACUUAUUUAAUAUUUCUUGUGUUUUUAUUGGUCUUGGAUUGAAUUGACCUAUUGGACAAUGAGGUUUUUUAUGAUAUAAUAAUGUGAUUAAAUGUAAAACCAUUAAAGAAGAGCAUGUUUUUAUCAUAGAUUUUAAAGUUUUAUUCAGCAUCAUUAUUGCACUUGAGACACUGAUAAAUAACUGUGACUGUUCAAAGGUUUGUUUGUGUGGAUAGUUGAUUUAAAAAAAAUCAGUAAUAGAGAAAAUGUCUUAAGCAUAUUUUCAUUUGUGUUAAAACAUUUUAUUCUUGUUAUGUCAUUUUUUUCCACAAUGUUUUACAUUUGCUGAUGUGACAUCCUGACAUUCAGCUGCUCAUGUCUCAUGAUGGUGCAGCUGACAGAGGAGCAUCAGUCUGGAUUUUAUCACAACAUUAAAAUAUUUUGUAACCA